AUGACUAACGUUUAUUCAAAUAAAUUUAUAUAUGCGAAAGAUUACGAAAGAACUUUACCAAAGCCUGCAGCGCCAAGACUGGUUGAAGCUGGAUGGCAAACGAUACAAUUACAGUUCAAUACGACAGAAUUUGAGGAACACAGAAAUCGUCAUUAUAUUUUGGAAGUUAAGCCACAAUGGGGCCCUCAGGAGAAGAAUAAUCUCUUUGUUGUGUUUCCUUACACAAUGAAAUACCACUAUGUAAGUGCAUUUUUAUUUUUUACCCGUCCUUAAAAAUAUCCAAAUUGGUAUUGCGAUCUCAGUAUCAUGCAUUCCAUUUAUUCAAUCAGUUCUUAGAAAAAAAUUAGACUGAGGACAUGUCCACGCCCAAGUCAUAUCCUAAAAGAAAUAUUCAUAAAGUCAUUGAUUAGAUUUCGUUAUACAUAUACAUGGUCCAAUUCAUUGCAAAAUAAUAAAUAAGGCUUAUGCUUUUUAAACACUAAAACUUCUAAGAUUGUGCAUUUUCCCAAACGAUAGACAAACUCCGUUUCCGUGUAUGUACAAUUUCUGUAUUGCUUUUGAUAAUAUAGAAUAAUACAUUUUACCCAUAUUAUAUAUAUAGGCCAACCAAACAACUUAUACCGUUAAAGAUCUUGAACCGAACACUGGUUAUAAAUUCCGAGUAAUCGCUAUUAAACUAAAUAAAUCGUCACCAUAUAGCAGCUGGAGUAAUGUUAUUAAUACAACAAGUAAGUGCAAAACUGAUACUCCUUUAAAACCUUGAUUAUCAAUGCAGUCGAAAAUUGUAAUUGAUUUCUGUUAAAAGAGUAACAUUAUUAAAGCUUAACAUUCAAUUUAAAUACACUCAGUAUAUUCAGCUCCAACAUCCCGGAGAUGCAAUGGUGGUAAAUGAGCGUGUCAUAUCUAUUUUCCUUAUCAGGGAAGCGCCUUUGCCACUACGGUUGGUUAGUCUCUACAGUGGUGGCCUGUUUGAUAACUCUUAGCAUGCGCAAUGAUAAUGCCAACAAGUUACGAAUAAGUUGUUGGAAUUAAUUUUUAGCAACUUGCAAGAAACUUCGAUGUGGUCCAACAAACAUUCGCUUGGAAUUGAGAACGCAGAAGCCUUAUCAAAAGGACGAAGAAUUGAUGUCCACGUUUCACUGGAAGCCUGAUACUACUCUGUGUAUGUAUACCAUAAUAAAUUAUUCAUAUACUAUACUAUUCAAUAAUAGUUUGUCCGACAAUGGGCUAUAAUUGGGAUAUAAGGAUCAAGAAUAAUUAAUGGAGGCAUGUUGUUAGUACUAGAAAUAGACAUACAUGCAUCACCAAUUACCGCUCGCUUAUGUUUUCCAAAUGUUGAUUUAACAUCUAAACGCAUAUACUCAAGUUGUAUAUGUUGCUAUAUGUGGCAGUAAGAUUAUUUUUUUGGACAAAAUGGCAAAACCCGUGAAAAGAUUAUUGGACUGUUAACGUGGCGAGGGUAUUAAUUCCGCCGGGUUAUUUACACCUGGGGAAAGGAAAGCAUUAGCGAAAUCUAAAGUUCAUCAAAUAUCGCGGGCGCAUGGCGGUAUGGGUGAUCAUCUCACUGAUCUUAAAAUAUGGCUGUUUGCAAAGAGUGAAGAAAGCAAAAAUAAAAAAAUACAUGUAAGAAAGCUUGGAAAAUCGUUUCAUAUAACAAAUUGCAAAACUUUUUUCAAUUUGUAAAUGUAAGCAUUUAUAAGAAUUGUUUUAGUAUGAGAAAUCCUAAAGAAAAGGGCAACAUUGUUUCAAUUGUUUAUGUGUGACUUUGUAUUAUCAGGGCGUAAUAAAACACGGGCGACGAAACCCGUUGAUCCCAUAGAAAUAAUAGACAUAGAAUGCGUGCUCCUAUCAUUUUUCGCAACAAUUUUGUCUGCACAAAAUGGCGGAUUUGUAAGGGCAUUUUAGCUUGUCCCAGACUCCUGCGGCAAAGAAUUUCGCGCGGUUGUAGGGAGUGCGAAUUCUGUUUUUUUUAAACAAAGUUUGCAAAAACAAUUAUAUCCAGACAAAUAAAGUAGAAAACAAGUUUUGUAAAGAAGAAAAACCCACUCCAGUGGGUUUUUUUUACGAAAAGCGAUAGUUCUGAACACAAUAUAUAUACAGAAAUUGUCGUGUAAAAAUAUAUUUUCAACGUUGUUGUGCAAGCCAAAACAAACACGAAAAAUCGGGACAAACUCAAACUCAAUAGGUAUGUUCUAAAAAUAUAUAUUUCAACUGUUUUAUAAUAUAAAUGGAGUUCAAUAAUCUUUUUAAACUUACAUAACUACUUAACUGCUUUUUAUGUUUUUCUAUGCCUUGUUUGAGCUUGAGGCAACGCUUUUGAAACCAUAGUUUCUCGACGAUUAUUUCAAAAGGCGAUUUACAGUUUUAUCGACUAACUAAAUAUUUUUGUUUCAAAAACAUGAAAACAUUUCGUUUAGAUUGAAGAAAAACUCAAUAAAAUGUUAGGAAAACGGUUACGUUUAGACUUCAGAGGAUACAAAAAUGUGUUAUGAGUACAUUUUAUAUUUUACGCGAAACUACUUUGUUUUUGCAAGGCCGCACGAUUUUCACUGUUUUUGUUACUGCACAUUAAUUACUUUGUGCCUUCAAAGACUUCAAAGAACUUAAUAUUUCAAAAUCUAUCCCCAAUCUACAAAUUAGACGGCAAGACAAAACGUUUUGACGAUGUAAGCUUAGUUUUAACAGUGUUUUAUACUUUGUAGUUUGCACUCCUAUUCAAAUUCAAAUGGCGGAUUUAUAGGGCAUUUUUGUUUUUAAUUUGGACACCUGUCACCUGACCAAACACGCAUUCUAGGUCUAAUAUUUCUAUCGCUAAUCCAUGUGUGAUGCUGCUAGGGAAUGGCACGAACGCGCGUUUAAUUUUACAAAAAAGUUAAGAAGAAAAGCAAAAAUGGCAGUAAAACGAAUUUUUUUUAAGAGUUGGAUGUUGAAAGUCAUAAUAAAGAUAUGUUUAACCUAAAUAUUCACUAUAAUAUUGAAGGAAAAGCUAUACUAUACGUUAACAUUACUUUAUAAAAAUUCACAAAAAAUGCACUGCCUUUUAAUAAAUUAAUUUUAUAAUAAUUAAUAUGUUUUGAAUUUUAUUUCUGUUAAAAUCUAUCAUUUUUAAGCGCUGACAAUAGAUUUUACAUUUGUUUUUGAAGUCCAUAGCCGUAUAUGCUAAGUAAAUUUUAUAGCGCAAAAAGUUGCCAAAAUUAUAAUACUUUACACUACUUAAUACAUGCAGCUAAACCGGCUUUUACUGGCUUUUUUGCUGUACUAAUUUUAUUCUCAUGAAGUUAAAAACCUUUUGCAUGUAAAUCAAAAGUAUAGCUGUUAAUUUUUGUUGCUUUCAACAGAUAAAAUAAAUAUCUAAUUGCGUUCUCAAAAAACCGUCAAUUAAUAAUUAAUUCAAGAAUACUUUUCCAAAACGAGUUUAAACUGAUGUUUUUCGACAUAUGUUUCAUUAGUAGUAAAAUCGUCUGUUUUGCUUAGUAAAGAAGCGUAGAACGGCCAUCGAACGCAAUAGCGAACGUACGUGCGAGCAUUGAGCCUUUUUGGGCUGCAAGUCAAUGGAAAAACAAACCGAAGAAAAUGCUCGGAAAACUUUGAGAUUAACUUAUGACAUUUCCGAAAUACAAUAUUAGAUAAAUGGCUUUUUUGAUAAAGCAUGCAGUCUUUUUGCCUCGCUUUUUUACGUUGUAUAUAUAUAUAUAUAUAUAUAUAUAUAUAUAUAUAUAUAUAUAUAUAUAUAUAUAUAUAUAUAUAAACUCGCCAUUUUAACAAUGAAAAACAAACCGCGAAAAAAUUGUAUUUUUGCUAGUGAGUCACUAUAUGAAAGAUUUACCUGAAGUAGUGCAUCGCGACGAACAAACGCAGGGAGUUAUGGGCUGGAGGCAUCGAAAAUUGAGGAGCGCCUGGGAGAUCUUGUGUCGUUUCUUGCAAAAUUCCUCUGUUUAUUCUUGCAAAUCGUGGUUUUUCGACAGUUUUGGGGCUUUUUUCGCCAUUUUCUUUUAGGAAACAACAUUUCAAAUUGUUCAAUUAAACAUGUGUCAAACACGUUCUACUAUAGGGUCCAAUAUUCCAUUUAACAGAAUUUGAGAGGAAAAUGAAGGAAAACACUAAAAAAUGCAAUGAAUACAGCGAUGACUGUGGAGAAAUUAUACAUAAAUGUAAUAAUUCUACAUGAAAACAAGAAUUCUUUUUCAAACAUGAUAAAAAUUGGUUAAAAACAUAAGAAUAAUUGCAAAUGUGGACAAUGACAGAUUUCAUGUUUUAAUAGAAAAAUCACAUCAAAUGCAUGUUAAAAAUGACUGGAAAUAUAUUCAGCAAAAACAUACACAUUUUGCAACAAUUUUGGCUUUUCCAAGUUGCAGGAUAUGACUAAAAUGAUACUAAGUCUCUAAGAGGAAAAAACUGCUAAAAAAUUUGGGCAAAAUUUAUUGUUUUUAGCAAAGUGAGUAAAAGGCAUGUGAAUAAAACGGAAAAAAAGAGGAAAAUGUUAUAGUUUCAAAACAUGUCUGGAGGCAACCACAGUCAGUGAAAAUUAUAUAUCAAGAACUCAACAUGCCACCUUCGAUAUAUCGAAAACUCUAAACUAUCCAAUGCUUCGAUAUAUCGAAAGAAUGCCAUUUCUUCGAUAUAUCGAAAGAUUGCAAUUUCCUCGAUAUAUAGAAAGAAUACCAUUUCUUCAAUAUAUCGAUAGAAUGCCAUUUCUUCAAUAUAUUAAAAGAAUGCCAUUUCUUCGAUAUAUCGAAAGAAUGCCAUUUCUUCGAUAUAUCGAAAGAAUGCCAUUUCUUCGAUAUAUCGAAAGAAUGCCAUUUCUUCGAUAUAUUGAAAGAUUGCAAUUUCCUCGAUAUAUCGAAAGAAUGCCAUUUCUUCGAUAUAUCGAAAGAAUGUCAUUUCUUCAAUACAUUAAAAGAAUGCCAUUUCUUCGAUAUAUCGAAAGAAUGACAUUUCUUCGAUAUAUUGAAAAAAAAAUGCCAUUUCUUCGACAUAUCGAAAGAUUGCAAUUUCCUCAAUAUAUCGAAAGAUUGCAAUUUCCUCGAUAUAUCGAAAACAAAACUAUCCAUGGCUUCCAUAUACAUUGAAAGAAUGCCAUUUCUUCGAUAUAUCAAAAGAUUGCCAUUUUUUCAAUUUGUCGUAAACUCUAAACUAUCCAUGGUUUCGAUACCUCAAAGAAAUGGCAUUGUUUCGAUAUAUCGCAGAAAUGACAUUCUGUCAAAUUCAAUAUGUGAAAAACCAAGAGGAUGUCAUGUCUUGCCAAAACAAGCCAUGUUUUAAAUAUUGAUAGUAAAACAACAAAUUAGGGCACAAUUCAGCUCAAUGGGUUAGCACUAUGGUAUACACUCAAAAUAUAACACAUUCUAGGAUAGGGUUGCAUAUUCUAUUUAGCUAUAAUCAAAAUAAUCACAUGUACAGUCAGGGCCGCCAAGGGGGUGGGGCAAAUUGCCCUGGGCCCCCACCUUAAUAGGGCCCCAACUUGGAAGAAGAGCCUAAAAUUGAGUAGGUUCUAUAAAGAGCAUUUUUAAAAUUGAGGGGCACUUACAGCACCUCCACAUGCAGUCUAGCUAAGGCUUAGUUGGGUCUAGCUUAAAAAUAACAAUGUUAUGGGGCCCCAGGGAAGGUUUGCCUCUGUCCCCGCAAAUUCUCUAGGCAGCCUGGUGUACAGUAUAGCUAGCUAUAUUAUUUAUACAUAUACAACAACAACAAGAAGUAUAUAUCUAUAUUGACUAAAAUCACUUCAUUAGACAGUACGGUAUACAGUAGUAACAACUAAAUUCAGUUUUAAGAGUUUCUAAUUCUGCCCUAUAACUAUAUUGCUUUAGGCAAUUUUCCCACGACAAUGCAUAUGGAUCCAGUAACAUGCAGACCAAGUGCUGCAGUAAACCAAUCCCACAGCAGCGAUGUAAUACAUCAAAAGAGUUUCUCUUCACAAACCAUUACAUGGCACUGAAUACUGAUUAUAUACCUUCUUGUAUAGCUGUGCUACUGUCAAUCUCCUUUAUCAGGUGGUCUGAACCCUCUAUGGUCAAACCCGGUUCUUUUGUGUUUGAUGUACUAGGCCUACAUCAUGCAAAAGUGAUAUCAUUUGCUUUACAUCAAUCUAAAAGAAUGGAAAAAACUAUAAGAACAGACACCAUUAAAAUGAUUACAGUUUUUACUGCCAAUCAAAGAACACAAGAGAAACCGUGAACCUCCGAACAUAUGCCCUGGGCUUAUAUUCGUUCGUAAAGAUUUUUUGAUGGGGGCUUAUGUACAGGGGCCAUAUACUUUUAUUGUAUCUGUAAACAAUGUCAAGUGUGAACCAUUGCCUCAGUCAAAACACGUUCAUGACCAGUGGCAGACAUGUUGCAAAAUAUAUGAACAUUUAAACCUUUCUUGCUUGAGUUAAUAGACAGAUGGGGAAAUAGUCUGGUCAACCCAUUGAGCGCCAGUACUCUGCCCUCAUCGAGUAUAAAAUUAUCAAGCUGGCGUCAGACAGAGUAAAAUAAUCUAGAAAAAUUUACUGAAUAUUGAAGAGCAGAAGUGAUGAUCGUUCCUAUAUGUUGUACAGUUAAAACACAGACAAGAAGGGAUAUGUAUUUUAAAAAUAUAAACAAUAUUCUUGGGACCGCUUCAAGCGUUCAAUAAAAUCCACCAACCUGAAAUUUGCACUAUCUUGACCUCGAUCUUGACCAUAUUAAUCUGGACCUUGGCAGCAAAUAUAAUUCAACGCUUUUCCCUUUGAUUUGUUCUUUCGACAGUAUCGACUGUUUAGCUUUAAUUUUGUUAAAUAUUUAGUAUUCAUGACCAUUAUUCAUAUCCAAGCACUUGCCAUAGUGUAGCUAUUAUAACGCUAAUAUACGCCGUUGAAUGCGAUUCGAAUUCAAAAUUUAUAGAUAUGUGCGCCAAAGAACGAACAAUAACCAACGGUUUAUGAAACGAAACACGACGAUGUCCAUAAAAGGACAUAAUCGAAACAGCUCGCUUCGAGUUCGGUAAAAAUAGUACCAACAUGCUUUGCGCACCGCGACUCUUUGCCUGUUUGCCAUGUUUCAUAUUUGCGAAUAUUCAAAUCGUUUGCUUCUUUAUCGCCGGAAUAUUUGAAUAUUUAUUACUUCUCAACGCAGGAAUACUUAAAUAUUAAAUCAAGCAAGGUAUGUACGACACAAUUGCUAUUUAUUUCCCCUGAAAAGAGAGUACAAUCUCAUUAUCUCAGAAGUAUAUUGUAACGGAAUUUUAUUUUCCUGGUUUACAACUCGUGUAUAAAAUACAUGAGAAAAAUUUUGUCUUGAGUUAAUACAGUAACAAUUCCACAGGAUGUUGGCCUCUCUGUAGCUGAUUUAUUUCUUACAAAGACAACAUUUUUUCUUUGCUUGACAGCUUUUUGAUAGUGUAAUAUUUAUAACAAUAUUUCUUGGGCAUCUUCACUUGAUUGAACAUUGAAGUCAUUGAACUUAAUAAUAUUGAAUUAUGAAUGUGAAGAAGUUUGUACGUGAUCUAUAAAGAAUAGGCUUUUCACAUCCAAGCCUUGCCAAUGGAGGAGUGGGUUGAGGGCACUGAGGGGCGAUCCCUACAUGUAGCUUCAAAUUAAAUACGUACCUUGGUCAUUUAGCCUGAUUUGUAUGGCCUGUUCAAAUGAGCCAUAAUAAUAUUAGCAUAGAAAAUUACAUUUUGUUCAUGUAAGGAAGCACAAACUAUUAGCCCAGUUGGUCAGAUCCCAGAUUUGUUGAAAUGAGAGACCGGGCAUUUUAAUUUUAAUUAUUUUAAAGCAUUGUGAGAAGUAUCGGUGUUCUAUCAAUAGGCAUAGCAUCAUUAAGAAAAAGCUAACUGCAACUAGGGUAUAGAAGGCACUGUUAUCAAUGUGUUCAAUUUCAUCCAUUGCUGAGGAUGACUAAAAUAUAAUCGAAAAGUAGAAUUACCAUUGUGUGCUUUAUGAAAAUACGUAGUGCUUCCCAUAAUCACCAUUCAUUAAUAAUAUCAAUUCCUCCUUAGGAUUAUGUUGACAAGGGCUAUAUGUAACCAACCGUUCAUUGGUGACGCUAGAUGAUCUUCAUUCAAGAUUCAUUAUCGGAAAGGAACAUUACCAAGAAAUGGUCUUUUCAUUGGCUGAUAAAAAUGAACCUUGGGCAGAUGUUUGCCAGGUUGUAUAUUUCUUGUAGCCUUUGACUUGCAUAAGGAUAAGAAAAUAUAUACUGGCACUACAUGCUAGAUGACGAACUCGUUGUUGAAGAACAUUUUAGUAUUGUUUAUAUAAAAAAAGAACACUGUAAAGUCACCUUGUACUGGACAGAGUAAUGUAAUUAGUGCAGAGCUCGGCACAGCUAAUUUACAUUACCAUUUAUACAUUUUGAGGAGCAUUACAGUACAAAACUUAAAUGUGCCCUUCUUGCCUACUGCUCUUUCAUUAUAUUACUCUAUCUAACAGCAUAAUAAUAAUGUUAUAUUUCAUUAAGGGGUUGAAUCUUAUUAAUAGUUUAGUUGUGAAUUUAUUUAAAUAUAUAUCAUUUUGAUAUUGAGCAUAAUAGUUUUCACCUAAAUACAUUGUGCUCUAUAUAUUUUCUAUUUAUGUGUAUAAUGCUAAAUUGAAUAGAAUAUUAUUUUUUUGCUAAAAUGUGUUGAUUUAGGUUAUGUUAGAUGUCACUAAGAUGGUUUCAAUAAAUCGAAACAUUGACAUGGUCUCGAUAAAUCGAAACCUUGACAUGGUCUCGAUAAAUCGAAACAUUGGCAUAGUCUCGAUAAAUCGAAACAUUGACAUGGUCACGAUAAAUCGAACCAUGACAUUGUCUUCGAUAAAUCGAAACAUUGACAUGGUCUCGAUAAAUCGAAACAUUGGCAUAGUCUCGAUAAAUCGAAACAUUGACUUGUUCUCGAUAAAUCGAAAUAUUCACAUGGUCUCGAUAAAUCGAAACAUUCACAUGGUCUCGAUAAACUGAAACAUUCACAUGGUGUCGAUUUAUCGAAACAUUGAUAUAGUUUCCAUAUAUAAAUUGAUCAGAGAUGCCUUUGGUUAAACCAACAUAUUUUCACUGUUAGCUGUCAUGCUACUUUUCCAUUAUUUGAUCCUUUUCAGAACAGUCUAUAAAAUGUAUUGUUCAUUUUAGGUAAAUUUGAUUGUUUUAGCAAGAGAAGAAAAUUUGCAUUCUUUUUUUUUUGCACAAAAGGUGUUUUUAAGCAACAAUUUUUCUGUGUUUUUCAGUUUUGGACAAAUUUGUUUAAAAAUACGAAAAUAGGCACCAUUUUUGGCUAAAUAGAAUAUUGGACCCUAUAGUAGAACGUGUUGUGAUUACAGUCAGAUGAUAUUUGAUAUAAUGGUAUAUUGUCAGUAUAAACCAUUGGUAUAAACUGAUUUACGAAAUCACGCCAUUUACAUGGAUAACGUAAAACAAAUCGUAAAUCGGUAAAUGUUUUUCGGUUUAUUACUUCUCAGGGCCGUAGCAGUCGGGGGGUGGGGGACUGGGGGCAUCAGCCCUUACAAUAAUUUGCUGAUAAUCAUUCUUUCUUCAAAAUCAUGCACACCUUUAUCAUUUAAAUAAUAUACCUUUAAAAUACUGACAAUAGACUGGAGGUGUGCAUCGGAUCAGAUUGGACGUUUAUAAUCCGACAAUUGCCUAAUGUUUAAAAUCCGAUCCGAAAUUGUCUAAUCCGAAUCCGAUCCGUUCCGAGUUUUGAAAAAGAAUUCCAAUCCGAUCCGAUCCGAAGAAUUCUUUAAUAAAGUAAAUUUCUCAUUCAAGUUGAAAUAUUUAACCAAAUAAAUAUAAAAGCAAGAAAUACAUAUCAAGAAGCUGUCAAAGUGACGUCCAAUUGACUGAGUAUCAUUUUCAAGACAAUCUUUCACGAUUUUCCAUAGUGUAUAUGUUCUCCCUAUUUCUUCAAAGGAAACUUGCUUGAAAGCUCUUUGUAUCAAACGAUUUUCUGAAUUUUGUUUUUAAGUAUUGAAAUCUUGCUUAUCCCAUUCCGGGGAAGUAGCCAUAUUUUUGAGAUCAUGCAGUGCAUGAGGACGUCCAACCGUACAUCAAUGACAUCACUUUAGACUUGGCUAAAAUGCUUUCUUUUCCCCCGGGUGUUAAUGACCGCGCGGAAUUAAUACCCUUGCCACAGGUGUACGGCCGGAAUGGCGCUUGGUCCCGUUGGCUUGGCAAGUAUAGGAAGGUUUUGAAUGCAAUUUGAAGACGUUUCGACACAUCAAUCUGUUCGUAAGUUUGGAAUUGUAAAAACAUCAAUGAAAGUACAGUAUCGUUUUUUUGAGCGCUAGCCAAGUUAUAGUAUCUGUUGUCUCUGAAUUACCUUUUUGACAUUAAAUUUCAUUGAUUUCCUUAAUUUUGCACUGAACUACAUUCAUUGGCACUAAAUUUCAUUUUUGGCACAAACUGUGUUAAUUUAAGAUAAUCUUGAGCUUAAACAUCUUUGGUAAUCUAGGUAUAUUGACAAUAACAAGAAAGCUAAGGUUGAAAGAGAUACAAUUCCGUAAAAAAUACAGGUUGAAUUUCGAAGUUUUGAGCGAAGGUCCUUGCCAGGAAGUUAGUAGAGAAACAUCGAAUUCGAAGUUCUGCAUGCACAAAUUUUACAGAUAGUUGUAUCUCUCACAAGACCGCAGUUUUUUUUGUGUUAAGAUAAAACUGUCCUAUACUUAACCAAUCAGAUUUGGGUAGCGUUUUCAGGUAUAUUAAAAGUCGCGGAGCUGCUUUAAACAGCAGUCAAUAACAACAAGCAAGAAGCAAAACUACAAAUACUAGCACAACAGUCAUACUGCCUACAGUAUCUCAUACAACUCCAUGGUAACUUCUGCUGCAGACAUUGCAAUUUUGUUACCUAUCUGGACGAAAGCAGAGAAAUACCUUGGUUUACCAAAUUAAAUUAUUGAAGAACCUACAGAUGAUUUCACAAAGAAGUUUAAAGAUUUCAGCAAGUCCAUGCAUGCAGACCAGCCAAAUGUAGUGAUCGUACACCAGGGCGGAAUGAUUCACUACCCUUGUUUAAUAUUAACCACAAGUCCCAAUUUGUGCUUGCAUGCUGUUGCAGUUGAACACAAACGGGAGAUUUUGGAAGGUUUUCUCUAUACAGUUUGAUAAAAAGCCACAAGUGAACCAAAUUUGUACGCUGUAUCCACUGUAAAUGUUUACACGAGGUCUACUGGUCAAAAAAGAGGUCUAACACACCUCGAUGCGAGGAACUUUAUUAUACUGACAGAGUAACAGCAUCUAACAAUUCUCAAGCGGUUACACAUCCCACAAUCUCUCAAGUGGUUACACACUGUACGAUACCUCAAGUGGUUGCACAUUCUACGAUGCCUUAAGAGGUUCCACAUAUACAUUUUACUAUGCCCCAGUAGUUGCACAAUCUACGAUGUCUGACGUCGUUACACAUUCUACAAUCCUUCAAGUAGUUACAUAUCCUAUGAUGCCUUAAAUGGUUACACAUUCGUCGACACCUCAGGUUGUUACAUAUCCUAACUUCUCAUUCCCACAAGUGGUUACAUAUUCUGGUGUAAAACAACAAUGGCAUAACUUACAGCAAUUUAUUUGUUCAAUGGCAACCAAUAGACGUGAAAAAUUGUGCCGGCUACCAUUUGAAUACAGCAAUCUCUAUGGUCCGGUUUUUACAGAUGUGGUGAUCCAGCAUAACGAGAUCUAGAGAGAUGUGUAUCAUAAAGGAGGGAAUGCUAUUGAAUGCAUGAAACAUGGGCAGAGUCUAGUACGCUAGCUAGACACUUCCUUUCAUGAAUAAAAUUAUUGUCCGGCAUUAGGCAAAAUAACAUUUAACAACAAAGUGCUAAAUAUUGGGCUCAUUGGAAUGAAAUGGGUAAUUCCAAAAACAAUCAAACCCUUGCCGGGGUGUCUCAAAAAUAUAUAAAAUGUAGCCCAAAGGUUGUUACAUAUAUUAUUAAGCAGAUCAUGAAGACAUAUGUGGUGUAACUAAAUGUAUUUAUAAGUUUGAACAAGCAAACUGAGGACUUUAACAGUUUCCAGUUAGGGACACGCCUAUAAUCAAGUUGCCACAUAUGACAACAACACAUUUAACAUAAAGGUUGAGUCAAAUGUAAGCCUUUCUAUAAAUUAAACUAAUGUUGUUUUAAUUCAAUUAUUGUCGCAGCAAAUUGAAAUUUUAAGCCGGAACAUGUGCUCAAAAUUCACGAAUGAAGAUAGUAAAUAUUUCCUUUCAAAAUUCCUCUAUUUAUAUAUAAAAGAUAACAAAAUUCUUACCUGGAUGUUACCUAGUCAUCCCUGAUGUUUAAUCUUUAAAAUAAAUAUUAUUUUUCGCUCAAUAAAAGCUCUGUAUUUGAGUAUUUCGAGCGGAAAGUUUAAACUAAAAAAAAAUUAAAUAUAGCGGUGUGAUUGUGUGAAUUAUAAUGCUAUCCCAGAAAGCUUUGCACGCGUUGUAGGAAAAUUAGGCACCAGUCUGCCAAACGGCGCUCGUCGUGAAAAUUUUUGGUGGUAUUGGUGUUUUGUCAAAAAUGGUGUUUUAUCAAGAGACAAAAUACCUACCUCCACAAAGACUAUAAAUAUUUUUGUAAAUAUAUUUUCAAUGAACUCAUGAAAAAUUUAAAAUUAACUCAAACUGGGAAAUUUUGACCAGUUAAAUAAAUACAUUUACCCUUUCUCAAUUCUCACAACUUUCUAUGAAUAGGAAAUCAAUAGCUUUUUCAGAUCUAAUUAUUUUGCUAUUUAGUAGCUAUUUUAACAAUAGUUCUAAAAAACAUAGUUUAAAAAAAGCUAUUUAUUAGCCAUUUUGAACAAAGUUCGCCACAACUUUCUAAUAUGGAUAGGAAUUAAAUAGCUAUUUAAGAUCUAUUUAUUUUGCUAUUUAAUAACUAUGUUAAGAAUGGCUCCAAAGAAGAUUAGCAAAAAUAUUUUAAAAAUAGCUAUUUAAACUAUUUUAACUGACUUGUUUGUCACCCCCAAUAGGAAUUAAAUAGCUAUUUAAAAGCUAUUUUAUAGUGAGAUUCGGUCAAUUACUCUUUCAAAUAGGAUUUGAAUACCUAUUUCAAAGCUAUUUUUUUGAAAAAUAUAAAUAACCUAUAUUUUAAAUAGACUGUAAAUAGUCAUAUACUAUUUUAUGAAAUUUGAUAAAUAGUAAUCAAAUAGUCAUAUUUUGAAAAAAUGCGGAAAAAAUAGGGCUAUAAAUAGAGAAAAAAAUAGGUAUAAAAUAGGUUAUAAAUAUGUCGGAUUCUACAAGGUUAAGCAAUCAAAACAAUCGCUAUUAUACCGGCAUUAUGAGAUGCAUUUUUUCCCAUCCAUUCAUAUUUCACACCAAAUUUACUUACUCUACAUCAAGACACUAAGCCGCAGAAAGUAAGCAUUUGUUAGAAAAAUGUGGUGCCGCAGUGCGUGGAAAUAAAUAAUUAGCUUAUAUGUACUGACUGCGUUAACAUUUACACUGCAAAAUAAUUAAUGAUGUAACAUCGUGCAAUAUUGAGUUAUUUAUUUAUUUUAAUAUCUUUUCUUUUAUUUUACAAUUUCACGUCACGCUCGUCAAGACCCCUUUUCGUAAAUUUAGUUCUACAGCACUGUCGCUGCCUCACACGUACUCUGUAAUUGUGUAUUUCAAUUCUGCUCUUUAAAAAUAUAGAGGUAAUAUAUGAACAACGAGUUGCUUAUAUGGCUUCUCCAAUGGAUCGAGACGUAACAGAAUGUUUUCGCUUGCUGAUUUGAAUAGAAUUCUUAACCAACCAUAACAUAAUUAGGAAUUCUAUUCAAGUAAUUUUGCAUGCGUAAUUAAGAUAUUUGAUGAAAACACUUGUGACUUUCAUCAAGUAUCCAAAUGACAUCUUUUGAUCAAAUAGGUGAUUAUAAUUGGCUGAAUUGCUCAUGAAUUAUUAAUGAAUUUGAGAAGAAUAUAUCUGGAGUAUGUACGAACUUGGUUGCUAAAGGCGUUCUCUGUUAAGUUCUUUGUAUUUACAAGGUGUGACUGUGGACGUCAAUUGGAUUUGCUUGUCCGCCAUCGCUGGCUUCACUUUUUUCAUAUAUAUAGAGCUUGGCCUAUACUGACCGAAGAUAGAAAAUCAAAUAAGGCGGCCGAAAAUUUAUUAUAAAACCAAUCUUUAUAGGAUAGCAGUAGCAGCUUCGUUUAGCCUACCUGUAUUCUACUGAUUUUUUCACAAGCAUUGUAUUCUACUAUUGCGAACAUAUUAUUCAACUAAUUGGCGACGAUCGUUUUGAAGGCUAAACUGGUCAAUAUGUGACAUGCCUAAAACGAGCAUGCUACAAGCGAAAUUAUGUCCAUAUUUGACUUUAUCAUUUAGUUUACACUGCUCGCAUUGUCACAGCAUUAUAAUUAUUUAAGGCAAGGAUUGAGUGGAAUCACUGUCAAUGUUUUCAUGGUUCUUUCCAAAGCAAGUACGAAAAUUCAUUACUCAUUCUCAUCACUCAUUACUCAUUACUCGGAAUACAAAAACCCCUUUCCUCGAACGAAAUCGCAUCGUUUGCUAUUUUUGUUGUCUUGCCCUAUAAACCUCUCAAAAGUUAAAACCUUAGCUACACUGUUAAUUUCGGGGAGUUAAUUUAACUCCGGUGGAGUUAUACUGUACCUCAAUUAAUUCCAAAUGUGGAGUAAAAUUAGGUUCAGAAUAAUACCACUGGAGUUAAAUCAACUCCCUGAAAUUUACAGUGUAGGACCUUCAUAUAUAUUAUCCCAAUGGUACAUUUAAAUUCUGUAAGUAAUAAUGUAAUUAUAUCAAUUUUUUUGCAGUCGCCGAGAGAAACAAGACGCAGCUGAAAUUUAUUAUUCAAGAUCUUUAUAGUCUGAUGAAGAAUGUUCAAUGCUAUUCGGGGAAAUUCGGGUAUAAAAAAAGUUAUUCGG